AUGGUUACCUUCUCUAUUCCCGGCGACAACGAGCUCGCCGAGGCCGGCAAGAGCACGCCUCGACCGCGUCCUGCGCUGCCUUUUGCGAGGCGCGGCUACGUCUCAACGCCAUUAAAGAGCAGCCGCCUCGGCGUUCCUCAGAGUGCGCCGUCGCGGAGGAUGUUGACGACUCGCGAUGAACAGCCAGCAAGCAGCCUCAACAGAUCAACAAUCUCUACCGCCCGGAAUAUUUUCCGGGCAUCCACAACCGACAGUCCUUCCAUGACUCCUUUCUCUCCGAGCAUUCCUCAAAACACCCCAAAGAAGGUGUUCGCUCCCGGCGCCACCCCCGAGCCGAACCGUGUCUUUCGAGAGUCGACCGCGCAGGCUACCCCCCGGGGCAUGGCAGCCAAGACUACUUCCAAAGAUCUCUUCCACAUGCGUAUCGCGGACCCCGAUCCUGAGCUAUCUGGGGAGGUUCUGACGAGGAAGAUUCCUCAAGAUUGGAACAACAAGGGCUCCAUCUACGCCGACCAAUUCCUCUCCCAUCUGUGCCCUCCUGACUUUGAUGACGAGCAGCGACGGCAAUUUUUCUGCAUCCUCGAUCUUCGACGACUUAAAUACGCAGCCAACGAGAUCUUCUCCAACAAGGAUUGGAAGCUAAACGUCAUUAACUUCGCAAAGGAGUUUGAGAAGAGCAGGAGCAUUAUUCUUCUGCGGUACGGUCUCUACGAAUUCCAGAACGUCAAGCCCUCUAAAGAUGUCCUCAAGAGAUGGCGCCGUGAACAUGGUCUUCCCGAACCAGAGGAGGACAAUGACGAGCCCACUCCCACCAAGGUCACAGCAGCCAAGAAGCGUAAGGCGGAUGAUGAGGAUACCGAUAUGAAGGACUCUUCCACCAACAGCAAGCGACGUGCUCCCGAGCCUGAGGAGGAUGUCCAGGAGCAACAAGCGCCGGCGCCAGCUCCUGUCUCUGUCCCUGCAUCUACCCUGGGCAAAAACAAGCGAAGGUCAUCUAUCAGUGAUGAAGCUGAUGGCCAGCCAUCCAAGAUACAGAAGGGCCAAGCGUCCGCUGCCAAAUCCCUUUUCGAGAAGAUCGCCAACAAGUCAUCCACUACUCCUGUCAGCUCUCCCCUUAAGCCUUCUACCAAGCCCGCCGACGAUAACGCUGCUGCCAAACCCAAUCCCUUUGCCUUCAACAAGACCAAUGGAUCCGGCAGCUCUCUCGCUCGCAGUAUUUUCCAGAACCCCAAACCCACCAGCACUACUGGCGCCUCUGGUGGCAACAUAUUUGGUUACCUUUCUGACGCCAGCUCGGCCAAGAACAGCGGUGUUGAUGCUGAUGCCGAGAGCGAGGCCGACUCUGAUGCAGAGGAUGAUAGCCAGGGCGAUGAGCCAAGUGCGGCAGCGAGUGGUGCCGAAACCGCUUCUCAGGCCGGCAAUGGUUUAUUUGGACAAAAGACUGCUCCCUCCAGUGGCCUGGCCGCUGGAUCUAGUGCCCCUGGUACUAGAGAGAGCACCCCUGGCCGAAGUCUGUUUGACCGAGUCACCAAGGAUACUGAUGGGCAACCCGUGCGGGUUGAGGAUAAGGCUGAGGCACCGGCUGAGAAGCCUUUCCCGAAGCUUGCUGACCAAACCUGGAACCCCAGCACUACGCCCAUCAAAUUUGCUCCGUCUGCCCCUGCUUCUACAAGCCAGGCUACCUCUCUCUUUGGAAAGACCACUUCGGCGCCUACAAGCUCUUUGUUUGUCAACAAACCCACCACCACUUCCAACCUCUUUGGUGCUGCUAAGCCUGCCGAGAAAGCGUCAACGCCCUCGGACCAAGCUGAUAAGACCGGAGGCGACGAAUCCGACAAGGAGAACGAUGAAGCCCCCAAGAGGUCGAUGUUUGAGUCCAAGGCAUCCACUGCCCAGCCAAGUUUCGGUUCCAUGUUCUCCAAGCCAGCUACUGAGGCGACCAAAGCUUCGGGGCCUGCCAAGCCUGUCGCCAACUUGUUUGGAGCCAAACCUGAUGAUAAAGCAAGUGCUCCCGCACCCACCACCAACCUCUUUGGUGCUGUAAGCAAGCCUGCUGAAUCAAGCGGGCCUGUGAUGCAAUCUUCAACACUGUUUGGGGCCAAGUCCUCUGGUGGUGAUAAGCCUGCUACCACUGAAGCGCCCAAGACUUCGCUAUUUGGUGCUCCCAGCACCUCGACAGUAAGUGGCGAAUCAACUACUGCUACCUCUCUGUUUGGCGCAAAGCCCACGACUACCGCUAGCAAUCUGUUCGGCAGCACCUCAACGCCUGCUGCUACGACUUUGUUCGGCACUCCUAGUUCCAGCGAUGCGACGGCGGCAAAGAAGGAUACUCCUGCCGCAGAUAAGCCUGCCGCAGCCCCCAUUUUCAGUUUUGGUGCCGCUUCCAAUGGUGCCGACAAACUCAACGGUGCCUCAAAGCCUUUGUUUGGUGCACCCCAAUCUCCCAAGCCGUCUUCUGGAGCAGCCGGGCUUGAUGGUAGUCCCAUGAAGCAGGAUGAGCCAUCGCCGGCUAAGAGGGCCUUUAACGGAGGAACUGCGUCGGGCGCGUCUGCGCCUAUCUUCAGCUUUGGCGGCUCAACUACCCCUGCUGCUGCACCUCCCUCUUUUGGCGCUGGUGCUUCAGGCAACUCUACACCUUUGUUUGGCGGUGCCUCCACGACUCCUGCUGCUAACGACGUAGGCGCGUCUUUCGGCUCCAAUUCAUCUGCCUCUGGAAGCUUCGGUUUCCAGUUUGGAGGCGGCUCGGCUUCUUCUUCAUUCAACAACCCUUUCGCGUCCGGUAACAACGGAGGUGACUUGGGCGCUGCCCCAUCAUCCAGUGGAGGCAUGUUCAGCUUCGGAGCUUCUUCUACGCCUUCUGCGCCUUCCGGUGGUGCCACACCUUUCCAGUUUGGCGGACCAAGCAAUACCACAGCUUUUGGAGCAAACAGCAGCACUCCCGCUUUUGGAGGCCCUUCUGGAUCGUCUGGGGCACCAGGAUUCAGCUUUACAGGAGCCUCACCGGCACAAAACUCGACACCGACAUUUGGAUCCAACCAGUCUGCUCCGGCCUUUGGCAACGGCAACCUUCAACCGCCUGCUGGUGGUUCUACCACCGGGACCAACACACCGUUUAGUCUUGGGGGAGGCUCUAGCCUGGCCACUACACCAGCUGCCGGGACCCCGGAACCAUCCACCCAGGCCGAAGGAACCGCCGGAGGCGAUGACGAAGGCGAGAAGCACGAGCAGGUCAACUUGGCCGAGAACUUGGAGCAGGACGAAGAUGUUAUGCAUGAUGUACGAGCAAAGGUGCUGAAGUUCGUGCCGGCUGGAGAGAAGUCGGAUGAUAAGAAGCCCAAGUCACAAAGUCCAUGGUCCACACAGGGUGUGGGUGCUCUUCGAUUGCUCAAACACAAGGAGACAAACGUUGUUCGUCUUUUGUUGCGAGCGGAGCCUCGUGGGCACAUCGCUAUGAACCGAGCUGUUCUCGCCGAUAUGUCGUACAAGGCAGACAAGAAGUAUGUCAAGAUGACUACAUCGAAUGAGAAGGGAGAUGGGCUUGAGACAUGGAUGAUCCAGGUCAAGACUGCGGAUAUGGCUAAGGAACUUGCAGAGGCAUUGGAGAAGAACAAGGUCCAUAAUAAGAAGUAA